CUCGCGACAUAGCGUUGUUGACAAGGGCCAAUGCAAGCAUAUCACAACAAGAAUGGCCAAUUUGGAAUUUACCUUCAUACAUUUCUCCUGUAUUUUAUUAUAUACCGGCCUAAAAUUAAAUGCAGGUAAGUUAAUAUAAAAUUUACUGUGUUUAGAUGUAUUACUAAGCUAUAAGAAUAAAUAUUUUAAUUAUUUGAUAGACGAACUUCCACCGCUUACAAAUGAUGUUCUUCAAAUGACUUACGCGGGACGUCCUGUUUGUGCAUACUUCAAACAUGCAGGUACGAUGAGAGAGAUAUAUGCUUUCGUUUUUCUACCAUGCACUAUAUAGAGGGUUACACUGCAGUUUAGUGGAUACCAGAUUACCAGUGCGUGCGGAUACCCUCGCCUAAAUGUAAUUUGUUGCUGGUGUCCUCUAUUAAAAUUGCAGUUGUAUCCUCGGUUGUAUCAGUGAUUCAGUGGUAAUAGAUUACAAUUUGACUAUAGACAGAGUGUGGACACUGCACACAUUGCAUGUGCUUACAUGCAGUUACAUAGUGUUAUAAUUAGGUACACUAGCUGUACAUAUAGUAGAUGCUAUAUCAUAUUGUUACAUAUUGUAUUUGUAUGUGUUACAUGCAUGCUGUUACAUAGUGUUGCAUACUAUUACAGACCUGUUGCAUAAUGUGUAACACUGUCAUACAUUGGGUUGCAUGCUGAUUGAAUGAAAUUUGAACCUAUAACAACUUUAGUGUUACCAUACAUAAUGUUAAACAUUGUUACAUAGUGUUUCACAGUUACAUACAUAUAUAGCAUUACACACUAUCUGCUACAUUAUAUUCACUGCACACAGUGACCAUACCCUAACCUUAAUUUAUUACGCCUUACUUUAAUCCAAACCCUCUGAUCCGGCAAAAUCUUAGUCUUUACCUGUGGAUCUAUAAGGCACAUAAUACAAGUUAAUACACUCAAAUUAAAUCAUGUAGAAUAUUAGAAGUAAGAAAGAAAUGCAAUUAGAUGUUUAUUGUUUUUUUUCUUUUGUAAACUAAGCUACCUCGCCAGAUUAUGAAGAGUUGCUAUUAAAUUUCUUGAAGACUAAAGUUGCAGUUAAGCAUUAUACAGAAUGGACAAUUGGAAGUGUGAAGAUUGAAGACAUUCACCAGGUUUUAACAAAAAAAAAAUACAUUUUAUAUAAAGUUGUACUAUUGGCACACUUGAGUUUCACCAAUAUAUUGUGGACCCAAAUACUGUACUAGGGAAACCAUGCUUUUUCUGCCUAAAAAGGCACUUUGAGUAAAAGUGAUACAUUGCAUGGUUACGCCUUAUCCUUUAAUCCCCUAGCUGGUUCCCAAAUAUGCUCAUGUUUCUAAUGCCCAAUUGUUUCUGAGGUACCGUACAUGAUUGGUAUGUUUGUUUAAGGUGUAGAUAGAUGACACACAUCUUACUCAUAACUCUUUUGUAUCUUAACCCAUGCAUUGAGUUGCAUUGUACCCUAUAAAGUGCCCUAGGUACUCAUUUUACUCUAAUGGUGGACAAUUUUACUUGUCAAAUGGAAAGCCCUGGCAUAUGCAGUGGGUUAACUGACUAACUGCCUAAAACUGUACUCAUUGAGUUGUAUUACAGUACACCCUAAUAGGGGUGCACCGGAUAGUGAUUUUUACUAUCCGGCCGGAUACCGGAUAUUUUAUCAAUUUGAUUACUUGACAUAUAUAAUAUAUAUUUAUAAGGAUUUUUCUCAUCCAUGUAUUAUUGCAGAAGAAGGUGAUGCUAUUUUUUUGAAUUUUUGAGUAAAUAAUCAUCAAUUGUGGUUAGUUAAAAAUCUGUUUUUAACUUUUUCCAUUACAUUCACAUGUUUCCAAAAACUUUGAAAGUUUUUGAGCGAUGGGAUUUAGUAUGACUUUUGAUGCCAAAUGCUGCGAAUAGUUAAUUAAUUCAAUUAAUUAUAUCAGUGGCUAGCUUUUUCACAUGUCCUUUUUUUAUGUUUCAAUUAACGGAAAUUUAGUAGACUUCAUGAAAAACAAAUUAUCCGGUAUCCGGCCGGAUAAUAGUAAAUAUCCGGCCGGAUACCGGAAAGUACGAUUUUGUCACUAUCCGGCUGGAUACUAUAUCCGGGCACCCCUACACCCUAAUGCACCCUUACCUACUUUAUUUUUUUUACUCUGUCUAAUGCCAUUAAUAUGAUUUUACUCAUCAAGGGCAGAGCACUGGCACUCAAUCAACGAGUUAACCCAUUGGUGCACAAUUAAGGCUCGAUCUACCCUAAAUCUUCUGGCAUUCUAAUGACAGAGUAAAAUACUACUUGAUUAAAUUAAGUACUAAAUUAGGAUGAAUUUGGGUGCAUUGCAGCUGGAUGGGUUAAUUUAAUUAGAAUCUGUGAAAAUUUGUAAAAAAAACCCAACAAAAUAACAUUAGACCUAUUGAGUGCCAGUGCUCUCCCCUUGAUGAGUAAAAUCAUCUGGCAUUAGACAGCUAGCAGAAUUAUAACAAAGUAAGGCACAGUGCAGCUUAAUUAAUGAGUUAUAAAUUAGUCAUUAAAUUUUGCUAUUAGGGAUGGGUAUACUGAUUGAAGUAACAUGUAUAUUUUUAGAAUCGAUCUGGCUGACUGAACCGGAACCAAUUUUUAAAGUUCCGGCCAGAACCGGAUCCGGCCGAAACCAAGUUCCGGUGCACCCCUACUGAACAUAUCAAUUAUUACCUGUAUAUGAUACCAUUAACCCUGUCUCCCAGUGCAUACAAUAGUGAAAUUAAUAAACACCCACCCUUAAUUCCCAUUGAGCGCCAGUGCUCUCCCUUUGAUGAGUAAAAUCGUCUGGCAUUAGACAGUGUAAAAUAAUAAAGUAGCAGCUAGGACACAUUAGUGCAUUAUGCAUGCAUGCCAUGCAACUUGAUCAAUGGGUUAAUAAUAAAUCCAAAUUAGUUGCCUCAGUUGAUGAAAAGCCUCUUCAUUGGUUAGAUCUCAACUAGGCCUUAAAAAUUUUUAUAUAACUAUUUUAAAAAAUAUUUAAGUACAAUUUAAGUAAAGCAUGGAUUAAGAAGCAGUAUAAAACAGUUGCACAGUAUGAAUAUAAAGUUAUAAACACCUCUCUCUAAAAGUCCCGGCCUCCCCUGUCCUAAAGUAUGAAAAUUUAAUAAAAAUAAAAUGUAAUUUAUGAUCAUUUCUACAAUACAUCAUCUACCUUGUAUAAAAAAUAUACCAUUGAUAUUUAUUCAGUUGAGCCUGGAUCUGCUUUUUUGGCCAUGACAGUUGUCUAGAUCGAUAUAAAUUCAAUUUAUAUUGUCCAGUUUCAUUUUCAAAUUGCAAUUUACCAGCUUAGUGAAAAAUUUCCGAAAAUACAAAAUAAAUUACGUACUAUGUUUAUAUAGAUGUUUCCACCCCCCAACUUGUAUCCAAGUCUUGUACCAUCCUUGCAAUGUGACAUUGGUGUUGAACUUCCUUUGGAAUUUAUCUUUCAAAAUAAAUCCGUCAAGUCUUUGAAGAAAUGGUUCAAACAUGUGGUACGUGGACAUUUGGCAUGGUGCUACUGAAUUAACCAAAGUAUUUGUAACUGCAAUUGACUUUGGCAGUUAUAGGCAUCAUUGAUCGAGCCAAACAAAAAAUAUUCUGUGGUUUGAGUUUCCCGACCUACGGUUGCAGUUGCCUGCUUACCUUCAGGUAAUAUUGCGGGUUAAUUACUAUGAUUACGCCAAAAAUACCAUUGUUGUUAUUGUUAUGCCUUGUUUAUUUGAAAUGUUUCAGUGUUGUAGCAAUGUCGCGCAGCUGAUCACACUCAUUGUUACCUGAAUGUCAAACUAAAAUUUUCAAAAAAUAGAUUUCUGUCCUACCUAGUACCUACCCUCAUUUUUUUUAAGAAUAUGAAACCGUAUGAAACCGGAACCACAGGAUAUUUUUGUAAAGUCCUCUUGCAUGGGGUACUCAAAAUGUCUGCAAGUUAUAUGGACUCCCAAUUUUUAGCCAUGCAAUUAAGUUUUCACCAGAGUGUUAGAUUAACUCAAUUUCCCAAAUAAUUUAGUUCCACUUAUCAAUUUGUUGCGUGGAAAUCGAAAGAACUGUUUAGUUCUCGGGAAAGUAAACAUUUAUAAGAGGAGGGGGUGUAACGCCAGGCUGUGUUUUAGUAGGUCUGUUACAUAGAGAUGUACAGUACCAUACUGUAAUGUCUUGCACUAGCUCCUGUUAAACAUAUACAGUAUUUGUUUCUCAAGUCAAGGGAACAUUCAUCUCAACCACAGCUUGUGACUACUUCAUCUGAAAUGGAAAAUGUAAUUUUUAACAACAAUGGAGGAAUCACAGUUCUUAUUAUAACUGAGAAAGAAUACUUUCACACCAUGAAAAACACAGUGAAAAAGGUAUGUGACAUUGUGUACGUAUGGAUAUUUGGUGUCCAAAUUCAUAAUAUAUCAAUCUUUGUUUAUAAUAGAGUUGAAUGGAAAUUAUAUAUAUACUUUUGCUGUUUUACAAAAAAAAAACGCUUUAACGUUUAGUUCUAUUCAGUGAGAUGACACUGGCAUCACCUUACUUAGUAUAGAUAUUCAUGAACUAUUGGGAUUAAUCAUAUCCUCGCGGCAACUAUAUUUUGUAGCUCAGUUGGUUGGAGCGCUGCUCUGGAAUUUGCAGGGUCGCAUGUUUGAUUCGCAGCGGCUCCUCGUUAGGUCUAAAAGUGUAUCUAAUUUUCACUUAAUUUCCAUGAAAUUUCCAUGUAUAAAAACUCCUAAAUAAACAUGCAUUACUCAUGUAUAUACAAAGUUCCAGAAUAACAAAGGCCUUAGUCCUUACUUAUCGUUUCUAUUAAGCUCUAAUAAUACUAAUGCACAUGCGUAGGUGGAAAAAUAUCAAGUCAACGUGCCACUACAUUUAUUGGUAACAAGACCAGAAUAUGUGGACUCGUGGUAAGAUUUGUCAAAAGUUCAGUUGAACAAAUUAUUAUCUUAAUUGCAGUUCUCUUUUAAUUUCUUAAAACGCCUCAUGCCUUGUACUGUAAUUUGUUUGGGUAAGUAAUAGUAUGGUUUCGAGUGCAAUACGAGUGCAUGAGCCAGUUUUUCAAAGACGAUCAAAAUUGCUCGAGUACGAAGCAUUUGAGGUCUUUGAAAAAUUAAUAAGUUUACAUGUAUGUUUUUCCAGAUUGAACAAGAAACUAUAAUAUUACUUACUAAUAUUUGCAUGCAAAAUAUGUGCAGAAGCAAAUUCAUGGUUACUUGCGUGCAGUGCAAGGCAAGAUGCUGAAUGCUGGUCAUGCAUGAGUAAGAAAUUUUCAAAGAAAAGAAUUCUUUAAAUUUCCCUAAAUUUAAAAAUGAUUUAAGUACACUUUCGACAUCUGUUAACUGCGACAUCUGUUAAGUGCGAAAUGUAGAUAUAUGGAAAUAGAGCACACUCAACAGAGCGUAACAUCUGAAUUACAAAGGUAUUUUAGCUCACGAAAUGCGAGUGAGCAGAAGGAAAUAGUUUGUUCGAAUUGUUAGAAUCGAAUACAACGACCGAUGGCAAAGCUUCUUGUCAAAACAAAGAAUAGAAGCUUCCGAGAGUCGUGGUAUGCGAAGAGGGAUCGUUUGUGAACAAAUAUCUAUUUUGCUGGCCAUGUCUAUUAUUUCACCCUUGGACAUACACCGGGUAUGUCAACAUGAUUUCUUGGGUGACUGCCAGAAGUACAAAAUGUGACCAUGCGGGUAUGCAUGCAUGGAUGUGUUGUUCUCGAGGGCAAGGCGACAGGCUGUGAAGAGGUACAAUGAGGAUGUCAGACACAACCGGGAGAUGCUAAAAAUAUUAGUGAAGCUGUGCUGUGUUUGGAUAAACAAGAGAUAGCAUUCAGAGGUCAUGAUACAAUGUGUUAUCAGAUGUCCAAAAUCUCGUCCAAAAUGAUUUGAUUGAAUGCAGAUGCUGUAAUCCAGAAUCAAAUUGAUAAGGAAAUAAGGGACUGUCAGUUCUUUAGCAACUCAGUGUGAUGAACCAUCAGGCGUCAAAAGCAAACCAACUGUUAGGCUAUAUAAGAAGAAAUACCAUGUUCAUCAAAAGUACUGCACCAAGACGAACAUUGUAUCUUGCACUGGUUCGAUCUCAUUUCGGGUAUGCCUCCCAGAUUUGGGCACCGCAGACGAUUGAACUUAUUGACAUUUUAGAAAGAACUCCGAGGCGGGCAACAAAAUAUAUUUUGAACUUGCCAUUCUCGACAGACGUAGACUAUAAAACAAGAUUGCAAUCCUUGCAUCUUCUUCCCGUAUCCUACUGGCAUGAAUACCUAGACCUGAUCCUCUUCUUCAAAAUCGCACACGGUUUGGUGGAAAUGUCUGUUCUUCCUGACAUUCAUAUUAUGCAAAGAACGACACGAUCAUCAGCAAGUAAUAACGCUAAAUAUGUCGUCCGCAAAUGUAAAACCAAUACCUACCAGCAGUCGUUUUUUGUCAGAACGUGUCGAAUAUGGAACUCUCUCGUAGAUGAACUAAAUUAUGACACGAACUGCUUCAAUUCCUUUAGAUCAGCCUUACUGGAAUACUAUCACAAAUCUUUAGAAGUUAAUUAUAAUCCUGAUAAUCCUCGAACAUUUAAAACUAUAUGCCUGAAAUGUAACUCUGUACGAAGUCUUACAUAUCCGAUAUCCUGCUGCUUUUAGUAACUAAUAUUGUUUGUUCGUAGGUUUGUUAGUCUGUCCAGUUGAAUGUCUGUUGUUUGUUUGAUUGUAUCCAAUUGGGCCCGCAGUAAUUGGCAAUAAGCUGUUGCGGUGUCCCGGCCACUCUGUGUAAUUUUAUGCCGGCAAAGUUAAUAAAUAAAUAAAUAAAUGAAAUGUUAGCACAGAUCAAGUCCAGAUCUGACAGAAAGGCACAUCUUGGUGUUGAUAUCCCAAAUAGUCCCGUACUGUCCCUGCUAUCUUUAAAGGGUAUGAAGCCUUAGAGCUUUGAAUGAAAUUAGAGAUGCACCUCAAAUGUGAAAUGAUGAUAUGGUUCACCGCCAAGAUGGUCUAUUCCAAAUUCUUGAGUUCUUCCUUUUCUACUUUUUAUUAGAGCUGUACUACAAAUUUUGGAAAAGUCCUCAUUUUGUAAAUUUUCUCAAACAUGAUUUUCGCAAUGAAAUCUGCUAUGGCCAUUCUGAGAAUCGAGUUGGGGCCCCAACAAGAAGAUUGGAGAAAAUUACCAACUAUUAACAGCUUUAUUGUGAAGUAAUUGAUACCAUUGUUAGUAUGUUGAAAAUGUUUAGGAACGAACUUUCCCUAAGUCUCAUGUUUAUAGUAUAUUUUGUGUUCAAUAUAUAGACCACAGUAGGACUUUUUUUAAAUGUUUAUUUCAUUAACAAACGACGUUUCGGAGAUUUACUCCAUCUUCAGGUAGUUAAUAGGAUUACAAUUUGAAUUUUGUUAAAUUCAAAUUGUAAUCCUAUUAACUACCUGAAGAUGGAGUAAAUCUCCGAAACGUCGUUUGUUAAUGAAAUAAACAUUUAAAAAAAGUCUUACUGUGGUCUAUAUAUUGAACACAAAAUAUUGUUAGUAUGGUUAAUAACAUAGACGGAUUUUCAUAUUUAUUACUGGGGUGGUGCCAGAAAUUUUAGGGGGGUGAGCCGUGAGCAGGUGACUGAAGCAAGACAAAGUGUCACCAAACCCCAGUAAGGUCUAUAUUCUAGGGGUGGAGCACUAGAGCCGCGAGGGGGAGUCUAGAGAGCGGAAAACAAAGUAUCCCAGCAAAAAUUUGAAAAAAAUCCUGAUUUCUAGCUUCGAAAAAAAGUUUUUUGAAGUGGUCAAUUUGUCAUAUCAAUGGAUUUGGCAUGUCCGAUUGUCUGUUGAGACUUGAGAGAGUUAAAGACUUAAAGUGAAAUGAACCUGUAAAAGUGUAAACCCAAUAGGCCAAUACACAAUAUGCUUUUACUUUUAUAAAACAUUGACAUUGUGUUGUUUGAAUCCGAUGCAUUCACAGUAAAAUUGAGAACUUACAUGGACAUUUUAGGGGUUGUCCAUAAUUACAGUAUCAACUUUUUCACGGGGGGGGUGUGUUAAUGCUGAAAUAUACGUACUUUAAAAUGUUGAUUAUAGACUCAUGGUCAUAAUUAUUGAGAUUCAAAAUUUAAGAGUAUGCUCUGGGAGGGGGUCGAAAGAAAAGAAGACGUAUAAAUAAACGAGAAUGAAAAAUAUCAGAAAAGUGAAACUGUCCAUGCUUACUGACUUUCUUAAGGCCAUAUAAAAAAAAUAGUUGGUUAGCGUCCUCGCCCGCCCACAAAAAAGGCCCCGCUCAGGAUUUUUUUUUAUUUUUUAUUUUAAAAAACCCCAUCUUUUAUUCAUCAACGGGCUCUAAUAUAUGUAGUAUUUCUGUUGACUGUAGUUAAUUGUGUUAAUAAAUUGCGAAAUUGCGUGCGAAAAUGACGGUAUGAAUCAUAUUUUGAAAUAUAUAAAAAAACAUCUGUACUGCGCAAGAAAAUCCAGUUUUGGACCUAAAACCAAGGCGUUAAAAAUUAGUAGUAAAAAUUAAAAAAAAAACCACCCGCCCGCCCACUUUUUGGCAAAAGCUAAGGACGCUAACCAACUAGUUUUUUUUAUGUGGCCUAAAAUGUUUUAAUUUUAACAUAGCAUCGCUCUAUGUCCAAAAUUGCGUUGCACGUUGCAGCAACUAUUUCCUCUUGUAACAUUAUUUAAUAUUUGACGUUUCUUGAACGGGCAAAUUUCAAAUGAUAGCUAACUCAAGUAUUUGUAACAGUUGUAAUUUAUUGAAUCCUAAUUUCAAAAUUUAAUGAAUCUUACCUUGAUUUUAUGAUCACGUUUCAACACACUGUUGAAUUUUAUCUUUGAAGUUACAACUGUUCUGUAUCAACUGUGUAUAUCAUACUGUACUAGGCAUUUACAUUCAGCACGUAUAAAAAUGAUUGUAGCACAUAUUUUUCGCUUCCUCUACAUUGUGAAUUAACCCUUUCAUAUCACGUUUGAACCGUUUCCGUAUUUUGUAUCAAUUUGGUUUUAUUUUAGCAAAGCAAUCGCAGGAAUUUUACUGCGAAAAACGCAACACUAAACGUGCGCACGACCGCAGUCAGUCAAAUAUAGUAAUUUUCAUUAUGACGUCACACCUAAUUAAGCUUACGGUCACAAAAGAUGACGCGUACUUAAUUAACGCGCUCUUUGUGACAUCAUUGCAAUCGCUUUACCUAAGUGAGUGGCCAUUUUGCUUGCUUAAGGAUUCGCUUCGCGAAUUAUCAUCAGUGUGGAUUAUAAUAUAGCGGUCGGCAAACUCAAAAAUUCGAAAACAAUAUAGAGACCGAUAAAUUUUUGGUUGUAUUGGUCGUUCGGACUGCUUACCAAAAGUGAAGUGUGUUUGAUCAUGAUUGGUCAUGCGGGAAGUGAUCACGACAAAUCAAUGUAAAUAUUAGAAAGCUGGCCGACCAUUAUUAACCAAUGUCUGAGCAACUGCACACUUGAGUGGACAUUUGUCAGACCCAAGCGAAAUUGUCAUAAUCCACAGAAUAUCUUGUCAAUCCAUAGAAUGUCAUUAUCCACACAUAAAAAUAUAACUUUCGUUAUCAUCAUUAUAAAGACACACACCCCCAUUUGAAGUGUAGUAAAGCAAAGUGCCUACCAGUGGCAACAAUUAAACAAGUCAGUAAGAGAUUGUACUGUAACAACCUGAAUCCUGAAAUAAUAUUACUUUGUUACUCAUGACCUGAUUGCCUGAUCUCCUCUCCAGGAAACAGAAGAAAUCAUUCCGUAAGCUUGAAAAAUAUCCUGCUGUACUUCUCUUUACCUAUGAAGGUUUGUGGAAAUUUAAUGUUUAAUGACAUUUUUAUCUUUUGUAAAUUGUUAUUUGUUAGUAAAGACUUUCUAUUGUUGAUAGAUUGGGCGACAGAGAAAUCAUUUGCCUACAUUUUACAAGGCCAGCAUGAAGUUUCUGCAAAUAGUAUCAAACUUGCACUUAUGGCGAUUGCUGCUAAAUUUGUUUUCAUGGAUGAGGUUGGUUUAAUUAAUAACUUAAUAAACUACUUAAAAUUACCUUCCUUCCUGUUUCAACCUACAAGACUGCAUUUUUCAAACUAAAAGAAAAACUGAAACAACUGCUGCAGCACCGGUCGAUUAAUAUCACUACAGAACUAAAGUUAUUGCUAUAAGAGUAAAUUAUAUUAAUGUUAAUUUAGUCCCUGCAAGCAAAAUUCGUAACUUUGAAAUGUUUCUGCGAAAAUGCAUCGUAUUUUAGAUUUUGAGGGCUACCUGUUGUCAAAAUGUCAGGAUUUUUCAAAAUGUGCCUCAUGCACUAAUUUAAAAGGUAUCUGCGAGCGGCACGCUCGCGCAGUUGAAUGAUGCCUAUAUUACGAGCAUUUUUAUGAUGAAUAAUGAUACCAAAUUAACUAUCACCAAUUCAAUAUCACUCGUACCCAGGCAUCUCUUUGUAAAAAACAGCGAUGCGCAUAUGACGAGUUUACAUGAAGUAUUGUAGUGGCGAGAGAAGGGCGAAGGGGCUGAUGAGAAGAGUGCAUUUGAAAUGCGAAGUGCUCCCCAGGACGCAUCCUUCCCAACAGCCCCUUCGCGCGUCGCGCCCUGUCUGCCUAAAUACUUCACGUAUUAUAGUUAUUUAAAGCGCCUAGGUACGAGACAGCCAAUUUCACGUGAUAAUAUUAAAUCACAUAUUGCUUCCGACCGCAGCACACUAUUCUUGACGGUUGACACUUACGCUCUUGACUCCUUCCCAAUCUUUAGCGCGAUCUAUAUAUAUUCUUGUGAAUCUCAUCUUGCGUUGGUUUGGAUGUCGGUUUGUCAGCUUGUCCUGCUCUAAUUCCAAUUAGGAAAUAUAACUAUAGACCAUCACAAAGAAAGUGCUGCCUCAAAAUUGUUGUUCUUAAUAGAUAGAUAGAGAAAGCGACUGAGCACACAUUGGGCUAUUUCGUGUUGUUUAAGGCGCCAAUAAUGUGCACUGCAUUUCAUUGUCAUUUCAUUUAUGCUUAAACGCUCAAGUGCUUAAACGCUUGUGUCCUUGAUAACAUAAAUUUUGGAAAAAACCCCAAAACAUUUUAGAUUUAUUGCUCUUGAAAGAAUACAAUUUAGUCCAGAUCGAUCAGAUAGUUAGAACGCUACUGAACAUAAUAGGCGCGCGCCGUACAAUUUACGUCUAUUUUUCCGUUUAUUCCGUCCGCUAAUUGAAAUUCUCUAAUUGAAGUGGGCAUCCAUUUAUUACGUUCGCUAAUUGAAAUUAGCGCAAGCUUUAACGCAAGACAUCCAUCCAAAUCGACCGGCACAAAAUCGAAAUCGCGACAAUCUGUAGAUCGCGUACCUACCGUUGGAUUUGAGGCUUAUUCGAGCCUUAAUCCCUCAGAUUUAAUGCUUAUAUUCUAGUUGCCAUGCUAAAACCCCAAAUUUAAAGAUUCCUUAUUUUCUUUCGCUUUCAGGAACAUUUUGUCCACGAAAUACUAGAUACGAAAUAUCAACUUCCUCCAAAACUGCUGUUCAUUUUCUCGUAUUCCAACCCGGAUUCUUUAAAGUAUUUCUUGACGUUUGCGAAGUUGCGUAAACAACUAGAAUGUGAAGGUGUACUGUUAGAAUUCAGGUUAAUGGAUAUUGGAGAAAGAAAUAAUUCGCUAGGUAAAAUAUAUUCUCUUUUUAUAUCUAUCUGAUAGUCCGUGCGAUCUUUACCUCUGCAUUUUAAAAUAUACAGUACAUGUGACGACGACAACCAGUAUAUCAGAAUAACUGCAGUGUCUCAGAAUAGUGUACAAAUACAGUAACUGGGGGUGUGCUAAUCAUCCUUAUUUGCUAGUGUUGAGAGCUAAGCUGAAUUGCGUAGGACACAGCUCAACCUGAUCGAGUUGAAGGCUUUCUAAAGGCGCCUCUGCAUAAUGACUGCCACCUUAUGACCGGCCAUGUUUGAUCACGGAGUACAUGCACGCAGCUACAUUGGAGGGUUAGUUUGAAGCUUACCUCAACCUGUCAACAUCCAUAUUACAAGUUGAGUAAUUUAUGUAACCAUGAUAUUUAUUAACUAGCUUUAUUAUAUGUAGUCUUUUCUAGACAUAUCAAUGGGACAAAAAUAAAGAGGUUUCCAGUUUUUGUGCUAUUUUGGCAGGAAAUGACCGAAACAUACGGUAUGAUUCUGAAAAAUUAAUAUGUCAGUUCAAUAUUAUAAAAUUCUAACGAAACGUGCAUUAAUGGAUUGUCAGUACAUUGAAAGUUAUAUUCAUUGCCUUGCAAAGCAUCACCUUUAAGCCUGUUCUCUACUAGCGAAUUUUCUCGCGCGAAGCGACCUUUUUCCUUUGUCGGUAUCACUUAUUACGUCAGCAAGACGUGGCAAAAUGGAUGCCGACAAAGGAAAAAGGUCGCUUCGCACGAAAAAAUUCGCUAGUGGAAAACCGGCUUUAGGGGCUUUAAGAAUCUUCAUUUUAUAACACAAGACAAAAUUUCAUCCACAUAAUAUAAGCCUUUCUUCGUAUAUAAAUUCCCUUCGUCUAUAAGCCCACCAAUAAUGCUUAUGAACGGAGGUUUACGGUUAAGUUAAUUUAUAGUAUUUAUCAUACACUCUCCUCAUCUUCAUUCUGUUUUGCUAUAGAAAUCAAAGUGCGUCAAGAAGUUCUCAAUGACCUUUUGACUGCUGAUCAAUUAUUGUCAGUGCUGGUUAAAAAUAGAAUUGUAGAUGAAUGGAAAAGAAAUUAUGAGUAUCACAAUGUUCACUGCAUUGAAGAUGAUUGUCAUGAAAAGGUAAUGGAAGGUCACAUUAAUAUUAUACGAUAUAUACCAUAUAACAGGCAAAAUCAAAUACAAAUUACUGCUCCAUGUUGGGUGGUAAUUUUUCAAACUUCUUUGUGUACAGUAUAAAGGGGAUGAGUGUUGAGAACUCCAAGGGCUGAAAUUUGAAUCGUAAACCACAGAGCACAGCACACGAUGUACCAAUAAUGUGGACAAAACCUAUAUGCAUGUAUAUAAUAGAAACUAAGUUCAGCAAAAUCCGCGGACCGGCAUCGCUCAAAGCUGAUGCAGAAUUUGCUUGAAUAAUAGGCUAUUGUCAGGUUUUCAUGGUUCGAAUAAUCAUUGUUACAGCUACAUGUUAUUAUCAUUUACUUAUUCAUUUUCUGAACGUUGAUUGGCUAAUUUUCCUACAAAUAACUGGUGAGAGUAAUGGUCUGAGCAUGCGCACUUUUGAAAUCAAUUCUCAGUGGCCAAUCGAUUUACGCAUGCGCAUUUAAGAUUUUUGAAAAGCAAUUCAAAUAAACACAAAAGUAAACAUGGCUUGUUAAAUUUUCAGAUAUUGUUAUCGUACAGAUUUAUUGAACUUCGUGACGGCCACAAAAUUUCGAAAAUGAAUAAGUAAAUGAUGAUAAAACAAUCGUUAUUAAACUAUUAUCGCAAAAUAUCGCGAUUUGUCAGUGACUCGCAGAUCAAGCUUAUUUGCCUCAAAUAAUUGAUCUGCUCGCCACUGACAAAUCACGAUAUUUUGCUCAACCUCGUCCAAUAAUUGUAUAUUAUUUGCUUUUUAUUCACAUUGUUCGUGACCACGUCCGUGUUCGAAGAUGUGAAGUGGUAUGGAAUCCGAUGUAUGUCUCGUCUUUUUUGUGUUGUAUGCAAAUUAAGCUAAAUUAAUCAUUACUGACUGUGGAGAUGUAUAAUGACACUCUGUUACAUCGGUCUCCUUGAUAUCUACACGAUAGUUACAACUAAAUUAAACCAGGAUUAAGGAAUAUAAUAUGUACCUUACUGUACUUGAGACACCAAGACUCCAAAGGCCCGUGCCGCAUCAGGAGUCGUAUUUAUGCUGAUGUCAUGCGAAUGUAUUGAGUCAAUCGAAACAUGUUUGCAUUACAAGGCCUGACCUGAGACUGACUUAGAACUAAGCUUAUCCGCCAAUCUCUUUCGUUACGUAAAAUAAUUAUACACAUACGGCCGAGGUCACGGCAUCCAUAUAUCAUGUAGAUUGACAAAAUAAAUUACUAUUUGCAUGCAGAUGGUUAUAUUAGUAGGUGGAAGUUUCGAACGAAAAUUUAUAUACAAUUUUAGACCUGACCAAGACCAGCAUAAAGUGGCAUGCGUCCUUCGCAAUUCAGCUAAUAGCUCUCAGCUGCAAAUAAGGAUGAUUAGCACACCACACUUACGUAGAAUACAUAGCUGCUCGGGCCUACUCCUGUGAGUUCUAAAAUUGUAUAUAAAUUUUUGUUCCAUCAUAUGAACCAGAAACCCAUCUACAUUCAGUUCUAUGCUCAAAAUCUUAAUACUAUUUGUUUGCCCCUGAGACUCUCUCCUUCGCAGAGGCUUUUAAAGGAUUAAUUAAUCUCGUAAUUGCGCCGCUAGAAGGUAAAAAAGAUGAAAGCAACUUCCACUUUUUUUACCUUCUAGCACAAUUACGAAAUUCUUUCUAAAUUAAUGCUUUAAAAGCCUCUGCGGAGGGCUAUUGGUAAAACCUGGAACCCGGAACAACGGAACACCAUGACUCCGGAACACGGAAACACCAAGUGGUAAAUAGUAUACCGCUGGAAUUAUUGUUUGAAAUAAUUAUUGCGUAAAACCUGCCUUCAUCCUCACUUGCCGAUAGCUACUAAUAACGAAUAGAAAUCAGUCUCAGCAUGCAGUGAACUUUACUUUUUUGUCAGCCAGAUGGAUAAAUAUUACGCAAUAAUUAUUUCAACAAUUCCACACACCCUGGUUUAUUAUUUGAUAAUUUUUAACAAAUUAAAAGUUUUUGGUGUUCCAUUGUUCCUGGUUUUACCAAUAGCCUCUGCGGAGGAGAGAGCCCCUAUUAGGAAUACAAAAUGUAAACAGAAAUUGUAAAAUUUUACAUGCCAUGCAUGUGAAACGAUUGUAUCAUAUCUUUAUUACAUCAGGAAUGUGUAAACCUUGCUUAUUCUCGUGGAGUAUGUAAAGCAAACACUACAAUUGUGGUAGAUGAAGAUUACCUGAUCAGAACUUCAACGGCAAGCAGAUUACAGAAGGUAAAUUAAUAACAUUAUUUCUAUGUGCGUGAACUAAUCUUCUACAUACUAGAAAAUGUUUGUCGUGUAUGAUAGUUAUUCUGGUGAAUGUCAACGUCAUCGAAUAAGCACACAUAAAUUGGUUUCAUUAAUUUUCAAAUCGAAGAGGAAUUGUGGCACAGAGUAAUUACGUAUACAGAGGUCUCACGAAAAAACCGUAAGGUAGUUUUUACUGCGGCAUAUCUAGCUGGCGGCCAUGUUCUUAGCAAGUGCCCUAAAGAGAGGCAUUCACACCCCUGGAACAUUAAAUUUCAAUAUGUUUUCAGGGGGUGACGACCUGGCCCAGAAUUACAAGCGUAUAAGAUAAAACGCAGUGUUUAAACCUUAAGCCUAAUUCAACAUGAUUACGUUUGAGGAUUGCAUUUUUGUAUUGUCGUGGUCAGAUCUACGGCUAAGUUAACGGCUGGACAAGAAGCGUAUACGUACUGGUGAGAAUAGAUGCGCGCAUGAAUUGCGUUCUAUUUAACUUAAUCCCACAAUGAGUACAACCGUUUUUAAAAAUGUAUUAAAUAUAUACUACAACUGCCACUUUUAUACCUUAUCGGAGAGGAUGGCAAAAUCAUUUGAGGUUUGUAAUGUUGUAUGUUGAUAUAAAUUUCGGUGCAUGAAUUAAUUCAGAAUUAUUAAGAUAUUUAUUUACUGUAGAAACAAAUGAAAAUAACUAAGAAAAGAAGAAUUGGGAACUUGACAGUUCUCACUGAUCACGACUGGUCUGCUGCAAUAGAAGCUUCCAGAUUGUCUACAUCAAGGAAACGUUUGCAAAGAAUGAGCGAUUCUCCAGAGAUAUCUUUGGUAUGUUAAAGUACACCUACCCCAGAUACGAUUUUUGGUAUGUGUAAUAUUUGAGUCGUAGAACAAUCUUUGCGUUAAAAAAGAUCAUCUUGAUCAACUAUCAAAGUUUCAAAGUUUCCGGAUAUGAUGUCACUUAGAUAAAUGUUUGGAACAAAAAACAAAGGAAAAUUUCAAUUCAUCUGAUAACAUAUUGGGAAACUAAUAUUGACGAGAAUGAGUUCGUAACAUUUCGAUUUUAGCAGAGUAACUAGUUACAAAAUGGAAAAAAUACAGAAUCUUUAAUAUCGGGAACCGGAGUAUAAAUGAAGGAAUACAAAUAAUGUGUAUUGAAUAUCGUAUUUAUUUCUAUAAUUUCUUGAACAUUUGGUAUAAAAUAUCAACGUACAACUCUAUACAAAAAAACUAUAAAUCGUAUCGUGUUCGAGCCUAUGAGUCGUAUCGUGUUCAAGCUAUACUGUAAAUCGUAUGACCUUUGUCUCUAUAGCAACAGUUCUGCUAUUGGUUGGCAUAAAUUAAGUCAACAUAAAUUAAAUUAAAUGUUUAUCACAUAAUGAAACCAAAACUCGAAAGGCAAACCCCCAACUGGAAACCUGCAUGUCUUGUAUGCAGACAUUGCUGUGUGCCCCGCUUUUCUUGAUAAACGAAACAUAACAAGAAAAAAAGACAACCAAUAAAAUCAAUAAGUCCAAAAAUUUCCAACUACUUGUAUUUACCGACAAUGAUCGACUCAUCCCUACAAUGCUAUUACCUGUACUUAUAUUAACCAGUAUACUAUACAUAUACAUUGACCGUUCAAGUUACUGUAAGAUCACUUUAUGUUUUUCUUCAGGUGUUUUUCAUUAUCAAGAAGUGUCGCUAUUGUGAAAUUGUUAUGCCACAAAUAGAAAAACUUUCCCAAACAAUCAGACGCUCUGGUAA